GGAGAAACAGAAGGAGGCUCGCUGAGGAAGAGGAGGAUUAACGAGAAGAGGAAGGGAACAAAAGGAAAUACAGUAAGAAGAGAGGAGCUGAGGAGGAGGAAUGUUUGAUCGCCCGUUUAAUCAGCUCAUCAAGAAUCAACUUGAAGACAGACAGAGGCUGCAGGACGCUGAGCAACAUCUACACACCUGCUCCUGCAUGAUGACGGCUGAUUAAAAGACUUCAGGCCUGUGGGCGGCGAGCAAAACCUUUAGCACACCAUGACAACCACACAGAAAGCAGAUGGUUGCCAUGGUAGCCACCUGUUUGAAGUAGGCCUGGCAAAGCUGUAACUAUGGCAUGACCUUCAGCUGAACUUCCUGUUUGCCUGACAGUUCAUCAUGUCCCUCUCACACGCCCUCGCCCUCCUCGCCCUCCUGCUGCCGCGUGGACGGUGUCAGUUUGAUGUCUGUCGAUCUCUGCGUGGCUCAAAGGCGGGGCCUGAGUUUUACGCCUGUCAGCCGCCCCCAACCAACAUGAAGGAGGUGAUGCAGAUCAGAGUUGACCCCCCUGGGAUCACCUGCGGAAACCCACCUGAGAGAUUCUGUACACUGGAGAACCCGUACCUGUGCAGCGAUGAGUGCGACGCCUCUAGCCCAGACCUGUCUCACCCUCCUCAGCUCAUGGGAGACAGGGAGAGGGGUGGGCUCAUCACUUACUGGCAGACAAUCACAUGGUCCAGGUUUCCUGAGCCCCUAUUGGCCAACAUCACCCUUACCUGGAACAAGAGUCUGGAGGUGGUCGAUGACAUUGUUGUUACCUUCGAAUAUGGCCGUCCAACCAGCAUGGUGCUGGAGAAAUCCAUCGACAAAGGUGUCACUUGGCAGCCGUAUCAGUAUUAUGCCGACGACUGUCUCGAGGCGUUCGGCAUGUCGCCCAAACGAGUCUCUGAUUUAGCACCAAGUAACAUUACCCGGGUCAUCUGCACCGAGCAGUACUCCCGCUGGGUCGGCGCUAAGGAAGAGAAAUCUGUGGUGUUUGAGGUGAGAGCUCGGUUCGGGGUGUUUGCUGGUCCAAAGCUGAUCAACAUGGACGCUCUGUACACUCGGAUGGAGACCACAAAGGGACUCAGAGAUUUCUUCACUUUCACCAACCUCCGACUGAGGCUCCUCCGCCCGGCACUGGGAGGAACCUACGUCCAGAGAGACAACCUGCUGAAAUACUUCUAUGCUAUUUCCAACAUUGAUGUUUUUGCCAGGUAACCAACAAAGACCUACCAUAAUCUAACUAUAAC